CGGGCGAUGUGGUCUUAUCCGAAAAGUAGCGAUUGGUGGUCUUCGAUCGUCCCGAAUAUGACUGAAAAACAGUUCAAGGAAAAUUUUCGGGUGCAACGUUCAACAUUCAAACAAAUUCUUGAUCAAGUGGAGCCAUUCUUACGUCGACAAGAUACUCUUCUGCGCUCGGCGAUUCCAACUGAUAAAAGAGUAGCAUGUGCUCUUUAUUGCUUAGGAUCGACUGGUGAAUUGCGAACGAUUGCUCAUCUGUUCGGUAUUGGUCGAUCCACUGCUGCCAAUAUUUUGCACGAGUUUACACAAGUGAUUGUCGAUUUAUUUUUCCACCGUUUGAUCCAAUUCCCUGCUAAUGAUCAAUCUAUUAAAGAAACAACAGAUGGAUUUUUACAGAAAUUCGGAUAUCCAAUGUGCCUUGGAUCAAUUGAUGGCACACAUAUUGCUAUUCAACCUCCGUAUGGUGAAGAAACUGACUACUUCAAUUACAAGAAG